CGCGCUGAGCCCUACCCCGCCGGGAGCGCGCGGGCCGGGCCUGCGCCGCCGCCGCCCCCGACCAUGUCGGCGGCCAAGGAGAACCCGUGCAGGAAAUUCCAGGCCAACAUCUUCAACAAGAGCAAGUGUCAGAACUGCUUCAAGCCCCGCGAGUCGCAUCUGCUCAAUGACGAGGACCUGACUCAGGCCAAACCUAUUUAUGGUGGCUGGCUGCUCCUGGCUCCAGAUGGGACUGACUUUGACAACCCAGUACACCGAUCUCGGAAAUGGCAGCGACGGUUCUUCAUCCUUUAUGAGCAUGGCCUCUUGCGAUAUGCCCUGGAUGAGAUGCCUACAACACUUCCACAGGGCACCAUCAACAUGAACCAGUGCACAGAUGUGGUGGAUGGGGAGGGCCGCACCAGCCAGAAAUUCUCCCUGUGUAUCCUGACACCUGAGAAGGAACAUUUCAUCAGAGCAGAAACUAAAGAGAUCAUCAGUGGGUGGCUGGAAAUGCUCAUGGUCUAUCCCAGGACUAAUAAGCAGAACCAGAAGAAGAAACGAAAAGUGGAGCCACCCACCCCACAGGAGCCUGGACCUGCCAAGGUAGCUGUCACCAGCAACAGCAGCAGCAUUCCCAGUGCAGAAAAAGUCCCCACCACCAAAUCCACGCUCUGGCAGGAAGAAAUGAGGGUCAAGGACCAGCCUGAUGGGAGCAACUUGAGUCCAGCUCAGAGUCCCAGACAGAACCAGCCUUCUGCCAGCUCCCUGCGGGAACCAGGGCUGGAGAACAAAGAAGAAACCUCUGUUCCUGUCAACCCUACAUUUGAGAGCCUGAGUGGUUGGCCAUUGGUUUCCUUCUCAAGAUUUCAGGAGAGCACCAUGAGUAGUGACCGCAUGGACUGUGGCCGCAAAGAUAGGGUGGAGAGUGGCUACUUCUCACUGGAAAAGACCAAGCAGGACUUGAAGGCUGAGGAGCAGCAGCUGUCCCUGCACUCCCCUCCUAGCCCUAGCACUCCCAGCAACAGGUACAGUUAUUCCAAAUCACUCUCCCAGAAGUUUGGUCAUCCCCUUCACUCCUCAGGUCCUCAAGACUCCAGCCGAAUGGUCUGCAGCAUCUCUCUCAGCUCCCUGGAAGAGGCUAGCCGGCCCUCUACCAACGUGGACUCCAGCAGCACUGGGGGGCGGGGGACAGAGAGACUGGGGAGCACCUUUGCCUUUAAAGCCACCAGGCAGUAUGCUGCCCUGGCCGACGUCCCUAAGGCCAUCAGGAUCAGCCACCGAGAAGCCUUCCAGGUGGAGAGAAGGCGACUGGAGCGUAGGACUCGGGCCCGGAGCCCUGGCAGGGAAGAGGUGGCCCGUCUAUUUGGCAACGAGCGGAGAAGGUCCCAGGUAAUUGAGAAAUUUGAAGCAUUGGACAUUGAAAAGGCAGAGCACAUGGAGACAAACCUGUCAGCUGGGCUCUCCCCAUCCAGUGACACUCGCCAGGGCCGAAGUGAAAAGAGAACAUUCCCCAGGAAGCGGGACUUCAUCAGCGAAACCCCCACAGCUCCUCUCACAGAUGCUUCGGCCUCCCCCCUGUCUCCACACCGAAGAGCAAAGUCACUGGACAGGAGGUCCACGGAGUCCUCCAUGACGCCUGACCUGCUGAAUUUCAAGAAAGGCUGGCUGACCAAACAGUACGAGGAUGGCCAGUGGAAGAAACACUGGUUUGUCCUGGCUGAUCAGAGCUUGAGAUACUACAGGGACUCUGUGGCUGAGGAGGCAGCAGACUUAGAUGGGGAAAUUGACUUAUCCACAUGUUAUGAUGUCACAGAGUAUCCAGUCCAGAGAAACUAUGGUUUCCAAAUACAUACAAAGGAAGGAGAGUUCACCCUCUCAGCCAUGACAUCCGGAAUCCGUCGGAACUGGAUUCAGACCAUCAUGAAGCAUGUAAACCCAGCCACCACCCCAGAUGUGACCAGGAGAAGCUUCUCUCUGAGACUUGCAGUGCUGAAGCCCAAGUUGGAAAAAUGUGUGCUCUCCUGUGUUAGCAUACUGUGUUCAUUGCCUGAGGAAAAGAACAAGAACAGCUCAACUUGUGAAACCUGCACAAGGCCAAGUGAGAAGCAAGAGCCAGAGCCAGGGGAGCCAGAUCUAGAGCAGAAGAGAAGUCGUGCUCGGGAGCGAAGGCGGGAGGGACGCUCUAAGACAUUUGACUGGGCUGAGUUCCGCCCCAUCCAGCAGGCCCUAGCUCAGGAAAGGGCCAACACCAUGGGGACCCCUGAUGCCCAUGAACCUGGGCACCCUGAAGUGGAGUCAGGUGAGCUAGAGCGGGAGCGUGCGCGGAGGCGGGAAGAACGCCGCAAACGCUUUGGGAUACUAGAUGCUGUGGAUGGACCAAGCAUCGAGGAUGCAGCCCUACGCAUGGAAGUGGACCGGAGCCCAGGACUGCCAAUCACUGAUCUUAAAACACAAAAUGUCCACGUGGAGAUUGAGCAGCGGUGGCAUCAGGUGGAGACCACCCCUCUCCGAGAGGAAAAGCAGGUGCCCAUUGCUCCCUUGCACCUGUCCUCUGAAGAUAAAAGUGACCGGCUCUCUACACAUGAACUGACCUCUCUGCUGGAAAAGGAGCUGGAGCAGAGCCAAAAGGAGGCCUCAGACCUUCUAGAGCAGAACCGGCUCUUGCAGGACCAGCUGAGGGUGGCACUGGGCCGUGAGCAGAGCGCCCGGGAGGGCUAUGUUCUACAGGCCACGUGUGAGCGGGGCUUUGCUGCAAUGGAGGAGACACACCAAAAAAAGAUUGAAGACCUGCAGAGGCAGCACCAGCGGGAGCUGGAGAAGCUGCGGGAGGAAAAGGACCGCCUCCUGGCUGAGGAGACUGCUGCUACCAUUUCAGCCAUCGAAGCCAUGAAGAAUGCCCACCGGGAAGAAAUGGAGCGUGAGCUGGAAAAGAGCCAGCGGUCCCAAAUCAGCAGCAUCAACUCAGAUAUUGAAGCCCUGAGGCGGCAGUACCUGGAGGAGUUGCAGUCAGUGCAGCGGGAACUGGAGGUCCUCUCAGAGCAGUACUCCCAGAAGUGCUUGGAGAAUGCCCACCUGGCCCAGGCACUGGAGGCUGAGCGGCAGGCCCUGCGGCAGUGCCAGCGCGAGAACCAGGAGCUCAACGCCCACAACCAGGAGCUGAAUAACCGCCUAGCUGCAGAGAUCACACGGUUACGGACCCUACUGACUGGGGACGGCGAUGGGGAGGCUGCCGGGUCACCCCUCGCACAGGGAAAGGACGCCUAUGAGCUUGAGGUCUUAUUGCGGGUUAAGGAAUCAGAAAUACAGUAUCUGAAACAGGAAAUCAGCUCUCUCAAGGAUGAGCUCCAGACAGCACUACGGGACAAAAAAUAUGCUAGUGACAAAUACAAAGACAUUUACACAGAACUCAGCAUUGCGAAGGCCAAGGCAGACUGUGAUAUUAGCAGGUUGAAAGAGCAGCUAAAAGCAGCUACAGAAGCACUGGGGGAAAAGUCCCCUGAGAGCACUGCUGUGGCAGGAUAUGACAUAAUGAAAUCUAAAAGCAACCCUGACUUUCUGAAGAAAGACCGAUCCUGUGUCACCCGGCAACUCAGAAAUAUCAGGUCCAAGAGUCUGAAGGAAGGCCUGACAGUGCAGGAACGGCUAAAGCUAUUUGAAUCCAGGGACUUGAAGAAAGACUAGCUGUAUCCUGUGCCACUGAACACACCAUUCCUGGCUGGUGACAGCACCUGAGCACGGCUUUUUGUCUGUACCUUUAUUUUUAUCAUUUUGUCAUUAACUAUGGGUAUGGAUACAUGAAAGACUGGUGUGUGGGUUGUCCGCACCAGUCCAACUUCCUGUUGUGUUUAUCACCACUUUCUUUCCAUGGUAUUCUGAGAUUGGUCAAGCUUCAGCAGUGAGGUGGUAUAGCACCCACCCACGUCUGAGUAGAGCCCUUCUCAGUGUCCACCGCACUCACUGUCAGUAUUAAGGCUCAGCAGCCUGUCAAUAAGCUAGCCCUGUCGCAGAGUGCAGUGUGGAGAUCUGGCCCAUGCUCCAGCUCUGUUGUUCAUAACUGAGCACCACCAGGUGGGCACAAGGUCAGAGAAGAGCCAGCUUGAUGUCCUGGUUUGACCUGUUCCACAUGCAGGUGAUUUACCUGGUUGCUAGAGGAGACAGCAACCCAGAUGGGUGUACAGCCCAUGUGCCCUGCCUUUUGACCUGGGAGGAGGACAGCAUUUUGUAUUUGCUCCACUAAUGCAGCUUAGAAUCACGCCCUACAUAAUCCUGGCUAACUUUCACAACCUGGAAAAUGUGGAAAGCAACCAUUCCUAUUUUUGUUUGUUUUUUAUUAAAUCUUGCACAAAACCCCA